AUGGGAAAUAGUCAGAAAAACUCAACUGAGAAAGAAUUUAAAGACAAGUAUAGAAUCAUUACCAUUAGUAAUGGAAAGAGUGACCAGAGACAAGACUUCGAGAAAAUUGUAGCAAAGAUGGAGAAAAUAGCCUCAACAGUCUGCUCGAUGGCUCAUGGAGAGAUCGGAAAACUUUUUGAGUACAUUUUUGAAGCUGAUGCUGAUGAUAUUAUGGACAAGAUUAUAUCCAUACAAGGGAAAAUUACCAGGAUUGAUCUUAAAAUUGACAUAAAAGUCGUUACUGAAUGUAGAAGUAAGAUUAUUAGCUCUAUCGCCUUCCUAAAGGAUUACCAUGAAAACAAUAGUAAAGACAGUUUCAAAUCGUUCUUUGAGUUGUCAAUUCCAAGUUUGCGACAACUUAAAGAGUACAUUUCCCUAAAUGACCCAAAUCCUGCUCUAAUGAAUUCUUUGACACUCCUCUGAAUAUUUUUGGAAACCCCUUUGUCUCUUCUUAAAUAUGGUGCUGAAAUAAAAUAUUUUCACGAAGAUGCUCUCAGAGCUAUCCAGGAAUGCAAAGAAGCUCUUUUUGACGAACAGAAAAAGGUUUAUUGAUACCUAAAAGGAAACAUCAACAGACCUUCCUACUUUGGGAUGGAGAGCUAUACUCCUGAUCUUGGACUUCCAGCUUUCGAAGACACUUGGAAUAAUAUCACAGUCAAGGUAAAAUCGAAAGAGGUCUGAUAUACCUGUAAAUACUCUUGUAUGCCACACCAUCACAAAUACGAUAAGGCUCGGAUUGAGGAUUAUGUUAGGGAAACUUAUCUUCGAGAAUUCGUAUCUAAACAGUUAAAACCUACCAUUGACUAUGUAGGAAAGAAUAAUGAUCUUGAAGACUCUUUUGAAUAAACUCUCUACUCUGUUUAAUUAUUUUCUAACCUUUCUGUUCAUA